AACGUCAGCGACUGCAUGAAGUUCGCGGCGGAAAAAAACGGCCUAGCGUUCAAUUUCAGCCCCAACGAACUGAAAAAUUACACCCAAGGUCGCUGGUUCAGGAACUGCCAGGUUCUGGGUUGCCCGGAAAUCAGGAACAGUAGCACGUUGGUUUUUGAUGCUGCUUUUGACUAUUACACUGCAUUUGGCGACUUUAAUUCUACUCAGAACAGCACAUGUAUUAAAUCCGUGGGUUUAUUCAGCGUGAUUGAAACCAAGAUGAAUUACACUGACGCAAUCUACUUCUGUCAAAACCUGGGGGCCGAUUUGGCGAAUGUUUUAAGCGAGUUUCGCACAAAUACGUUAUCUGCGUUGAUAAAACCUUUGAAAAAUUGGUACAAAGCGGCUUAUGUGGGUUUGGAGGACAUGGAUGUGGAGGGUGCGUUUCGGACGCCUAUGGGCACUUUGAUGGAGUGUAGUGGAUUUCGGGCGUGGGCCGUUGGGCACCCCAGACCGGGUCGAAAGAAGGAAGACUGCGUGAUUUUAGACGCGGAUAAAACGUGGAGGGCCAUCAAUUGCAGAAUCAAGCGACCUUUUAUUUGUGAAUUUUACCCCACACCUCCGGCACUACCAGUUGUUGAAUUUGCUACAAAAGAUUGCGAUAAAAUCAAAAACAAAAAGAAGAAGAGGCAGUGUUUGAACAACAAUGAGCUGGUUCAGUUGUAUAUGAAUUCAUCAAGGAUGGAUCAGUGUGCACUUGUAAACGACUUUGAUUGAGUUUUUACUUAUUUAUUGCAAAAAUAAAUAGAGAUUAGAUUCGGCGUUUUUGUGUA